AUGCGUCUCUUCUUUCUGCCCUUUCUAGAAGCAAUUUCUAACGGUAUCGUUGGCAAUGGUGGCGGCGUGUUUUUCGAACUCCAAGGGAAGGAACCUGAAGAUCGUGUGGAAGGCUUGGCAGUAUACGUUGGACCUCUUGGCCUUCUAAAAUCAGAUGAGAAGAGAAUCCAGGGAAAGUAUUCAAGAGUCACUCCUUACUCAGAUAAACAUCCCAGCCAGGGCUUACAUCUGCAUCUUUGGACUCCAAAUCUAAUGUUCUUUAUACUCCCCGAGGAUGUUGAGUGCCGAGAAUGUGGAAGUUCUGCUUUUGAAACUGUGUGUGGGCGCCCCCAGAGCAGCAGCCGAAUUGUCUCCGGGCAGGAUGCCCAGGCAGGGCAGUGGCCAUGGCAAAUCAGUCUUCGCGAAAAUGGAAUGCACGUAUGUGGUGGCUCACUCAUUUCUCCAAGUUGGGUGCUAACAGCUGCCCACUGUUUGGACUACUCCAUGGUUCCCUCAGAUUACACGGUAGUAGUGGGCUCACUCUCAUCCAACCCGAACUUCAAUGAUGAUGUGCAGAUUCAAACAGUGCUCCAGUUAAUCCCACACCCCAGCUAUCAAGAAAGAUUUGGUCCUGGGGACAUUGCUUUGGUUCGAAUGAAGUCACCAGUCAACUUCAAUAACUUCGUGAUCCCCAUCUGCCUUCCAGCAAUUGAAGACCAAAUAGUCGAAGGGAAUCUAUGCUGGGUGACUGGCUGGGGACAGAUUGGGGAAUAUCAACCGCUCCCUCCACCUUUCACCCUGCAAGAAUUAGAGGUGCCUCUCAUUAGCCCCCAGACCUGUGAUUACUACUACCACAAGGAAUCAAAUAUCUCUCCCUCUAAGACCAUCAUCUCAUCUUCUAUGAUUUGUGCUGGCUUCCCUGAGGGCCAAAAGGACUCCUGCCUGGGUGACUCUGGAGGACCACUGGUUUGCAAUAUCAAUGACGUCUGGUUCCAAGCUGGACUUGUAAGCUGGGGAGAAGGUUGUGCCCGACGCUAUAGGCCUGGAGUCUACACCAACGUCAUUGCCCACAAAAAUUGGAUCCUAAACAUAGUUCCAGAAGCUGGGAUCAUUGAUGCGGCUGCUCCUGGACCCACCAGGCUGUUCCUCCCUAUAUUGCUGCUACCAAUUCUACUUUUAUUGGGGAGAGCCUCCUUUGACUUGGAGAUGUGCUAA